UACGGAGGCCCGCACAGGCCCUUCCCCGCCGUAAAGCGAAGCUGCUCUCGGGGAUAGAGUGAAGGGAGAGGGGAGGAGUGAAAUCUCGAAGCUUCUAAAAGCGUGGGCAACAUCCGGGCACUUGGGGCCGUCGAGUUGAGGCGCGCUUCGGGACCUGGCUUGUUAGGGCCUGCAGCCAUGCUGAAGUGCGGGAUGAACGGCAGUCAGGUUAAAGUAUUUGGGAAAGCAGUGCAAGCUCUAUCAAGAAUUAGUGACGAGCUGUGGCUAGACCCAUCUGAAAAAGGUCUUGCUUUAAGAUCUGUGAAUUCCUGUCGGUCAGCAUAUGGAUGUGUCCUCUUCUCUCCUGUGUUUUUCCAACAUUAUCAAUGGUCAACUUCUGCGGAAAUGAAUGAUAAUGACACAAUAUCAAAUUUAAAUUGCAAAUUGGGAAUAAAGGGUUGUUGUGAGGAUGAAGUGAGAUCAAUGUCUGCUCUCUGGUAUCUUUUGAAUUUCAUACCAUCUGCAUCUAUUACCCGUCCCUCCAAAAGUAACUGGAAAAUAUUUUUUAGAAGAGGUAUUAAAAGGACUCAUAAUGUGUGUUUUCAAGAAAGUCAGCCUUUGCAAGUUAUUUUUGAAAAGAAUACGUGUAGUAAUACACUAAUGAUUCAACCAAGAGUGCUUGCUGAGGCAAUUGUUCUUUUUACAUCGAAUCAAGAAGAAAUGACUCUUGCUGUUACUCCCAGGAAUGUCUGCAUUAAGAGUUACAGUGAGGAAUCAAUGGAUUUGACCAAUUCUGUAUACAGUGAGAUGUGUGUGGGCCCAGAUGAGUUUGACUUCUUUCAAAUAGGGGUUGACACUGAAAUAACCUUUUGCCUCAAAGAAUUAAAGGGAAUGCUGACAUUUUCAGAAGCUAUACGUGCUCCUAUAUCAAUUCAUUUUGAUAUUCCCGGGAAGCCUAUGGCAUUAAGUGUUGAUGGCAUGUUGUUGGAAGCUAACUUUGUUUUGGCUACAUUAGCUGAUGAGCCAAGUAGAGAAUCUUCUCCACAAUCGCUGUGUCUUUCACAAAAACGAGAAAGGAAACAACUGAGGAGUAAAACAGAAGAUGAGAAAUUUUGACUGAAUCCGGAAGAGCUCUGUAUAGUAAGACCUAACCGUAACAGAAACAUCACCAAUCUUGCACUAUCUUUGCUUUUUCUCUUCUGAUCAGAAUUCAACAGGACUGUCUGCUUUAUCUUUGUUGUUACCAAAAUGCAUUUCCAUUUGUAAUGGUUGUUUCUUUUAGGAGUGACACAGUGUUAAGGUUCACAGGAAAGUCUGUAUUCACUGCCUACAACUCUUUCAGACAUAGGGUCAGCCAUUGUUUUCCUUUCUUUUUAGUUUUGGUCUUUUAAUAACUUUCUUUUGGUGGUGGUGGGAGUGCUUCAACUGUAAAAGUAGCGAAGUUACUAUGGGAAAUUUGGAAAACAGAAAAGGACAAAGAAGAAAAUCGGUAUCACCCACAAUCGCCCCUAGAGAUAGCCACUGUGAGCAUUUGACUCACUGUGUUUUCUUUCAGACUUUUUCUUUUGCAUAUACUUCACUUGUAUUUUAAAACAAGAUCAGGGUCAUAUAGCAUCUGUAGUUUUGUAUUCUGCUUUUUGUCCACAAAGUAUUAUAUUGUGAACAUGUUCCAAUAUCACUGAUUAUGGCUUAGAAAUGGGAUUUUUAAAUGACUGCAUAAAAUUUCAUACAGAUGUAAUUUAUUUGACUCUUUUUUCUAACUUGGCCCUGUUACCAUAAGAUUGUCUCAUGCACACUGGGUUGCUUUCCUGAAAAAUUCAAAUCUGUCGAGAGAAAUUUCUAAAUAAUCAUGUAUGUAAAUCUUAACUUUCCAAACAAUAGUUCCAUAUUAUUUCAGUAUAUUCCCUAAACCAGUGUUAUCAUUGUCAUCCCAUAUUGCUCCAUUAGUUAUAUAAAAAUAUCUAUUUCAAAGUAAUCAGUUCACUCAUUUGAUUCCUAUUAAUACCUCAGGUCAGAUGUGGCAUGUUCAAAUUCAAAGGCGGGUGAAGAAGGCAGCAAGGCCACGGAAUAUAUCGCAGGAAAAGCAGCACCCAAAAGGCU